GGGCGGGCGCGCGGCUCAGUCCCGCGGAGCGGAGCGGUGCGGGCGCGGAGCCGAGCGAGGCGCGGAGCUGGCUGCUGGCGGGUGCGGGGACCCUCGCCAUCCGACCUGGGAGAGCGGGAUGGGACGCCGCCCGCGGGGACCUGGGUCCCCCCGGGGACCUGGCCCUCCACGCCCCGGGCCGGGGCUGCCACCACUGCUGCUUGUACUGGCGCUGGCGGCCCAUGGGGGCUGCGCAGCGCCCGCGCCCCGCGCGGAGGACCUCAGCCUCGGGGUGGAGUGGCUAAGCAGGUUUGGCUACCUGCCCCCUGCAGAUCCGGCAACAGGGCAGCUACAGACCCAGGAGGAACUGUCCAAAGCGAUUACUGCCAUGCAGCAGUUUGGUGGUCUGGAGACCACUGGCAUCCUAGAUGAGGCCACUCUGGCCCUGAUGAAAACCCCUCGAUGCUCCCUUCCGGACCUGCCCCCUGGGGCCCAAUCGAGAAGGAAGCGGCAGACUCCACCCCCAACCAAAUGGAGCAAGAGGAACCUUUCUUGGAGGGUCCGGACAUUCCCACGGGACUCACCCCUGGGCCGGGAUACUGUGCGUGCACUCAUGUACUACGCCCUCAAAGUCUGGAGUGACAUCACACCCUUGAACUUCCACGAGGUAGCGGGCAACACGGCGGACAUCCAGAUCGACUUCUCCAAGGCCGACCACAAUGACGGCUACCCCUUCGAUGGCCCUGGUGGCACAGUGGCCCACGCAUUCUUCCCUGGUGACCACCACACGGCAGGGGACACUCACUUUGAUGACGAUGAGCCAUGGACCUUCCGUUCCUCAGAUGCCCACGGGAUGGACCUGUUUGCAGUGGCCGUCCAUGAGUUUGGUCAUGCCAUUGGUCUGAGCCAUGUUGCCGCCCCAAGCUCCAUCAUGCAACCAUACUACCAGGGCCCCGUGGGUGACCCGCUACGCUAUGGGCUUCCCUACGAGGACAGGGUGCGUGUCUGGCAGUUGUACGGUGUGCGGGAAUCCGUGUCCCCUACUGCCCAGCUGGAUACCCCAGAGCCUGAGGAGCCACCCCUCCUGCCAGAGCCUCCCAACAAUCGGUCUAGCACGCCGCCCCAGAAGGACGUGCCUCACAGGUGCACUGCCCACUUUGAUGCUGUGGCCCAGAUUCGAGGCGAAGCAUUCUUUUUCAAAGGCAAGUAUUUCUGGCGGCUGACCCGGGACCGACACUUGGUGUCGCUCCAGCCUGCUCAAAUGCAUCGCUUCUGGCGGGGCCUGCCGCUGCACCUGGACAGUGUGGACGCCGUGUAUGAGCGUACCAGUGACCACAAGAUUGUCUUCUUCAAAGGAGACAGAUACUGGGUGUUUAAGGACAACAACGUAGAGGAAGGGUACCCGAGACCCGUCUCCGACUUCAGCCUCCCACCAGGUGGCAUCGAUGCUGUCUUCUCCUGGGCCCACAAUGACAGGACUUAUUUCUUUAAGGACCAGCUGUACUGGCGCUAUGAUGACCACACACGGCGCAUGGACCCUGGCUACCCUGCCCAGGGCCCCCUGUGGAGAGGUGUCCCCAGCAUGUUGGAUGAUGCCAUGCGCUGGUCUGAUGGUGCAUCCUAUUUCUUCCGAGGCCAGGAGUACUGGAAAGUGCUGGAUGGUGAGCUGGAAGCAGCCCCCGGGUACCCACAGUCUACAGCCCGCGACUGGCUGGUAUGUGGUGAGCCGCUGGCGGAUGCGGAGGAUGUAGGGCCCGGACCCCAGGGCCGCAGUGGGGCCCAAGAUGGUCUGGCAGUAUGUUCCUGCACUUCAGACGCACACAGGUCGGCACUGCCAUCUCUGCUGCUUCUGACUCCACUGCUGUGGGGCCUGUGGACCUCAGUCUCUGCCAAGGCAUCCUGAGGGCAGUGCUAGCCUUGCGGAUCAAGGAGCCAAGAGGAGCAGGGACACACUGGCCAGUACUCAGCAGGACUUGUGCUCCAAGCCUCCGGUCGCUCCUUACUUCCUUCCUUGAACCCAGGGGUGCUGUGCCAUCUGCUGGAGUGGUCUCCAGCUGGGACAGGACGUCCCACCAAGGGCAUCCAUGCACACCUUGCCUACCUGGAGCAGCCAUAGGCAGCUCCCCUUCCCUCCUCUGCACAUCACGCUGCUUUGUUACACCUUGCAGGGCUGCCCAAGCCCAGCUGUCACAAUCCCAGGAUGCCUUGUCUGCACCCGAGCGGCUCUGAUGGCAUCUGCACGUAGGCUGAUGGGGGGCAAACGUGGGUUCCUCGUGGUAUCCAUAGGGGCCACCGUGCCUGUUUCACAAGUAAGAGAGUUGACGCCCCGAUGGGGGAACAGGGUGGGAGAAAGGCACCUACCCAGAAGUCUGAUCCACUGCCGUUUGCAGCAGCCAGCACCGUAUCUGCUGGGAUAGGGGACCAGUCACACUCAGGAUCUGCCCACAGAUUCCCAGAUGCUGGCCAGGGGCCUUGCUCCAACCACCAGGAGCACAGCCACCUCUCCUCAUCCUGGAUAGGCUAGCCAUGGAGGCUGUGUCCUGUUAUCUCCCUCUCUUUGGCCAGGAGAGCAUUGUGGGUCUCCCUCGGGUGAUGUUGAUGGGGGCGGGGGGCGCCCAUAGAGACAUUUCUUCAUCUGUCAGUACCCAUUGCUUCAGCAAGAUGCCCUCAUAUAGUUCUGGCCUGAGACCCUGCAGCUUGGACUCACAGCUGUCCCCUCCCCAGCUGCAGAAGGGCUUCUAACACCUGGAAUAAAGGUAGGCGUUCAGUUAGGGAAGGAGGAUGGUUGGGGGAGCCCAGGGUGAUAGCAAGGGGGAGCUGCAGGGAUAAGUGCCAGGGUCCUCGGGGGGUCAUGACAGUGUCACCACCUGACUUGGAGAUGUAGGAGCUGUGCACGGAUUGCUGCUCUGGGUGACAAACCUCCAUGGUCCAGAAAGAGACUGAGGUUAAACCCAAGAUGGGGUAAUGAGCUCCAGAAAGGAACAGCCAAGUUCAAAGUUUCUGGGACAAGACGGGCCUGAGGAACAGGGCCACCCAGGUAGGCUUGGCUGUAGGGUAAGCAGUUUCUGUCAUUGGGCACGAGAUGAAAAUUAGUGAUCACACACACAUACCCUCCUCCCCAACUGGCCCGGUCCCAUCUCAGGUAAGAAAGGCUUCUGUCUACCCCAGGCCAGGUUUGAGUGUUGUCAGGAUGAGUGAGCAGCUAGCGGGGCCUAAGUUUCUACCCUCCGUUUCCCAAGCCUGGCCACACCCUAGACCCACCUGUCAGACUAGGCAGGACAGAGUCAGGGGUGGGGGCGUCUGAGGUUUCCCUGUUGUGGAAGCCACCCCUACUCUGCCCUUAUAUCAAAGCACGCUCCUAUGAUGUCCCAUGUUGUCCACCAGCCUGCAGGACACAGCUGUCCUGUACAGCAACAGGGAAGGGUCCAAAAAUCUUUGUCACAUAGCACUGAAAGCCAGGCCCUCAGGCUGGAGCUGUCUAGAUGCUGGUGUCACACUCAUUUUAAAACCCAAACUCUUAAUAAAAAUUUUGUACACUGGACAGGUUGACAGCUCAAUGGUAAGGUUUUGGGGUUGAUCUCCUCCUGUACAACUCCCCCACCACAACCCCAAAAAUUCUCUGUACCUCUGGUCUUGGGCUAAAUGGUCAGUGGGAACAGAGUUCUCUGAACUGCCCUCCCGUGCCCUGCCUACCUCCAUUGCUGCAUUCGGAGGUCUUGCAGGGAGAGCAGAACAGGUGGGUGCUAAUAACACACGGACUCCUGCAGGCUUCUCUCUGCAGUUGGACAGAAUGCAUUGCUGGGGCCCCUGUGGUUUAUGAUGUUGCUGCACAGCCCUUACAGAGGCUUCAAGAAGAACAUAAGAGCAUCUGCCCCACCCACAGGUUGCUGGAUAUAAUGCAGACUCUGGGCACGUACUGUUCCAAGCUUCCUAUGGGAUAUGACUUCCCCCGAGGCGUGCUCUCCAGAAAACCUGGGGAAUUCCAGGCUAUCAUAUAUUUUGAGCCUCCUUCAUCCUGAUCACAUUCUCUCCAGGCAAAAAGCUAACCCAGUGCCAGGUUUCCCAAAUGCUGACUCCUACCCAACCUCUGCCUGGGAUCAGCCUACCUGAAGCUUUCGGAAACCACAUCCUGCGGCAACGUCUGGCGUGACACCACAUGGUGUCCCUUUCUAGACAAAUUGUGGCUAAGCACAUAUUUCUCUGUCA